UAUAGGUUAAGGUUAAACGUCAUUCGUGUUUUGUUGUCAUACAUUUUUCACAACAAUAAUAUUAACAAUAUUGAGUUUAUGUUUAAAAAUGAGCUUAAGUGUACGAAAAUUACCAUUAUUCGCGUUUCCCACGUCUCUCAGAUUCUACAUGGGGACCAAGAGCAGCUACACACAAGUGCUAACCCUUUACAGCCCCUACGAUUUUCCCAUCAAGUACAAAGUCCAUUGCCUAUCUUCUGCUUGGGAAAAAUACCAUGUACAUAAACCAGAGGGCAGCAUACCGGGGCAAAGCAGUAUCGAGUUGAUUAUAACACACAAACAACCUACUCCGAUGUAUUGUAAUGAGUUGGAUAAAUUUAAGAUUGUUAUGCACGAUCCUGUUACAAAACAAAUCAUAGGUAAAAAAACCAUAGAGUCAGUCCUGUUGCCAGGUAUCGAAGAGCCUGAUAAUAACGAUGAAGAUUUUGACUUUUGCAGUGAGGAAGGCUCCUCCAAUCGCUCCGGUUAUGUUGCUCAAACUUCCAGGAUAGUUCAGCAACAGGAACAACCAUCUAAGCACACACCAAACAAUUUCCUGUUUACUUUUAUUAUAUGCAUGUGUGCUAUAAUAUUAUUCUUGCCCACGGAGCCUGAGGAGCUCAAAGAGUCGAAACUGCCGAGUUACUUGCAUGUAACUCAUAAAUUACAACUGUUAGCAGCUUUACUUUUAGGGGUGUUUCUGUGUGUUCUGGUUAAACCCUAAUCGUUAAAUUAUUAAUUAAUUACAAUUAUAUUAUAAUAUAUUGAUUGAUUGAUGUGAUGUGUGCCUAUGUUUGUUCCCAAGCAUUUGAUAGGCGGAACAAAGACAAGUCAAAAAAAGUUUUUUUUUUAUUUAGUUAAUUGAAUCUAAUAAAGGUUAAAAUCAACGUAAAUGGAAUUUCGCCACCUUAUUUAACCUAAAAUGUUUAUUAAUGGUGCUUGACAAUGGCUUGAUCUGCAGUUCCACCUUGGACUACAAUAGAUUAAUUUACAUAUUAUUGUUUUUGUUUGUUUGUUUGUUAAGUGUUUUGUAUUUUUUAAUAAAUUAAUGUUUUGUAAUAAAAAAA